AUGUCUUUGAACGAAAUUUGCGAGAAUGUGAAGAUGUCCAGGGAAUCAGCACUGCUGGGCAACUAUGAGUCAGCCCAGGUCUACUACCAAACAGUUUUGUGUCAGCUCCAGAAGUAUAUCUCAACACUCACCGAUGCCAGUCUAAAAUCUAAAUGGCAAAAAAUUCGACAAGAAAUAGCAGUAGAACUAGAAUCUGUGAAAGACAUAAGCAACACAUUGGUGGCUUGCAAGAAUGCGCCAUUAACUUCAAAAAAUGAAUGCUACCCUACCUUUGAGGAACCUACCAGGGACCCCGACGUGUGGCCACCACCGACUCCAGUCGAAAACAAGUAUCAAGUUUUCCUCAUUCAAUUUGGGGCAAAUGCCAGAGGUAAAACUCCAGUUCGAAGAGGCUUUGAACCUCCAAGUCGUGGUGGAAGGUCCCGGCAGAGUGUUCCAAGUGAUCUCGGGGGUGCAUGUGCGGGUGGCCCUGGCAAGAAACCUGCUGCUGCUGGUGGUGCUGUCGGUGGUGGUUAUGCUGCCAAAGGUAGCAAGGCUGCUGCAAAGAGUAAAGCAGAUGAAGACCCUGAUAAGUUCAACCCCUCUGGGUAUGAUAAAGAUUUGGUGGCCAAUUUGGAACGAGAUAUUGUGCAAAGAAAUCCAAAAGUUUACUGGGACGACAUUGCUGAUUUAACAGAGGCCAAGCGACUGCUACAAGAAGCUGUUGUUAUGCCUCUAUUGGUUCCAGACUUCUUCAAAGGAAUCAGAAGGCCUUGGAAGGGUGUCAUGAUGGUUGGGCCACCUGGCACUGGUAAAACCUUGCUAGCAAAAGCAGUCGCCACUGAAUGUGGUACAACAUUCUUCAACGUGUCGGCGUCUGGCCUGACUUCAAAGUAUCACGGGGAGUCUGAGAAACUUGUCAGGCUUCUUUUCGAAAUGGCUCGUUUCUAUGCCCCGAGCACCAUAUUCUUUGAUGAAAUUGAUUCGAUAUGUGGCAGGAGAGGUGCCGACAACGAACAUGAAGCUAGUCGCAGAGUCAAAACAGAGCUCCUCAUUCAGAUGGAUGGAGUGACGGGGGCAACAGGAUUGGAUGAGGACCCCACGAAAAUUGUCAUGGUACUUGCAGCUACAAACUUCCCAUGGGACAUUGAUGAGGCUUUGAGAAGGAGGUUGGAGAAGAGGAUCUACAUCCCACUACCCAAUGCCGAAGGACGGAGGAAGUUGUUGGACAUCAGUCUGAAAGAAAUUGAACUGACCAAAGAUGUGGACCUCGACAAGAUUGCAGAACUGCUGGACGGAUACUCUGGUGCUGACAUAACUAACGUCUGCAGAGAUGCGGCCAUGAUGUCUAUGCGUCGACGAAUCCAAGGUCUGAAGCCAGAUGAAAUCCGAAACAUCCCGAAGGAAGAACUGAUGGCGCCAACGACAAUGGAGGACAUGAUGGUUGCUCUGAAGCACGUUAGCAAAACUGUGUCAGCCGCUGACCUCGAGAAGUACGAAAAGUGGAUGUCGGAGUUCGGAUCCGUGUGA